AGUUCAAAAAGAACGUCAUCCCCUUCAUACAUUUAACUUAGCAUUAGCCACAGCUAGCCUACCGCCCUUAAACGCAUUUCUACCACAGAGAAACAAGUAUGUUUCUCGUCAAUCAAUUUACCGUGCCUACCAUGACGUUGGAAGCCUUUCCCCGAUGCGGAGACGCGUCGAGAGGGAAGUUAGUCGUGUGAAAGGCAGCCCCGCUUCACAGCACUGCUAGCUACCUAGCUGAUGGACAGAAAGAGGCUAAUGUUUAAAGAAGCGCUAAGCCUAUCACAACAAGCCCAGCAGGCUCCUUAAACACAACCUACCUCUGAAGACAUAACAACAAGGACCUAAGGAAGACAGCUCAUCUCCUACAAAGCAACCGUGGGUCCCUGCAGACCAGAGCCAUGGGUGCCUUCCUGGACAAGCCCAAGACAGAGAAGCACAACUCCCACGGUGAAGGAAAUGGCAUCCGCUACGGGUUGAGCUCCAUGCAGGGCUGGCGAGUGGAGAUGGAAGAUGCUCAUACCGCCGCGCUGGGAUUGCCGACUCCCGGCAUGAUGGACUGGUCGUUUUUUGCGGUCUAUGAUGGCCAUGCAGGCUCAAAAGUUGCCAAUUACUGCUCAAAGCAUCUCCUGGAGCACAUAAUCAGUGCCAGUUUAGGGCCCGGAGGGCAGCAGAGCUCGCUGGCUGGUUCAGAGAGCACCACCAAUGACACCCCAGCAGUUGUUGUCCCCACAGUAGAGGCAGUGAAAGCGGGGAUCAGGACAGGCUUCCUGAGGAUAGACGAACACAUGCGCAGCUUCUCCGACCUACGAAAUGGCAUGGACCGAAGUGGCUCCACGGCCGUGGGCAUCCUUCUGUCGCCCCAGCAUUUCUUUUUUAUGAACUGCGGCGACUCUCGGGCCGUUUUGUACCGAAACUCCCAAGUGUGCUUCUCCACGCAUGACCACAAGCCUUGCAACCCACGCGAGAGAGAGCGCAUCCAGAACGCCGGCGGGUCUGUGAUGAUCCAGCGGGUGAACGGGUCGCUGGCUGUCUCCAGGGCCUUGGGGGACUACGACUACAAGUGCGUCGUCGGCAAAGGCCCCACUGAGCAGCUGGUGAGCCCCGAGCCGGAAGUUAACGAGAUGGUCCGGACCCCUGAGCAGGACCAGUUUGUGAUCCUGGCGUGCGAUGGGAUCUGGGAUGUCAUGUCCAAUGAGGAUCUGUGCGACUUUGUGAAAUCGAGGCUUGAGGUAUCUGACGACCUGGAGAGAGUCUGCAAUGAAGUGGUGGACACCUGCUUGCACAAGGGUAGUCGGGAUAACAUGAGUGUUGUGUUAGUGUGUUUGCCCAACACUCCCAAAGUGUCAGAAGAUGCUGUGAGGAGGGAUGCCGAGCUCAACCAGUACCUGGAGUCUCGAGUGGAAGAGAUGCUGUCCCGGCCAACCGACGAAGGUGUUCCCGACCUGGUCACGGUGAUGAGGAACCUGUCAGUAGACCGCAACAUGCCCUCUCUGCCACCAGGCGGAGGCCUCGCUAGCAAACGCAGUGUCAUUGAAGCAGUGUACAACCAACUAAGUCCACACAGAGAAGAAGAAGGGGUCAGUACUCAGUCGAUGCUAUCAAAGAUUUUGUCAAGUCUGCACCUCUCUUUUAGACGACAUCCCUAGCUUUGCUAUUUCACUUUGAAAGGUGGUCAUAUCCGUGUGUCAGUGACGUGCAGUCAGGGGAGGCAUGUGAGGCAGAGCCUCACCUGUCAUCAUGAAAAAUAAACCAAAUAAUGAUAACCUAAAAUAAAUAUUAAUGUUUGUCCAUUGAACUGUGUUAGAAAUGUAUUCUCAGUAUAAUUUCAAUCCUUUUAAACAUUUUAUUAAGCAAAAAUGAGUUUCCUGAUCAAAUACAGAGCAGAAACCCAGCAAGGCUGAGUCUCCUGUCGGCUUACUGCUUACUUAGUGCUGUGCACUCAUAGGCUAGGCCCUAGCUUAUGAGUUCACAGCACUCGGUGCAUUGAGUUGGAUGGAGAUUUCUGUUUGUCAGCAAGUUAACAAUAUACUCUAAUGUUUGCAGAAACAUUCAUUGUACACCAUGACUUUCUACAACCUGUGCAAUAUCGUUAAUGUAAGUGUGACGUUAUUCAUGUUAAUCGGACAAUAAAAUACAGAGAAAUGUCAUACGCUGAUGCGCACAGUAUUCCUCUUCACCGUGAAGGGGCGGGGCUCGCUGCCGUCCUUCUGUAGAGAGAAAAAGUCGGCGCCAGGGUUUUUUUCCUCUCCUCUUUUUCUUGUUAUCUUGUUACAUGUAUUAACAUAAAAAAAUGGAAAGGAAUCAGUGCCUCACCAGCCAUGAACCUCACCGCACGUCACUGCUGUGUGUGUGCGCGUGUGUGUGUGCAUAUGUGCGUGCGCACACAAACGCUUAAAACAGCAGGUCAGUGCCCCCCAUUGUUAAUAUCAAUGUGUAUAAAAUUUCUUUUUGCUAUUUUUUUGCUGCUAGGUCACUUUUUUUAAUGAUAUUGUUGCACACCUCACUGUUCUGAUAGCGUGUAGGGACUAGUUUCCUUCCAUUUCCCACCCAUUUUUCACACCCACCUACACUAAUACAGUUAAAAGGGAAGGCACUUUGCAGACCUACAAUAUGUCCAGGCCAAAAUUAAACUAAUGGGCUUUUAAAUGUAUGGGUCCAUGUUACACCUCCCUGGUAAGGCUUGGUAAAAUUACCGUCAAAAUGUGGUUUAAUUAUCUUUGUGUUGUGGGGGAAAAUGGUGUCAGUUCUACAAUAAGUGCUGAAGGACAUAUUGGACAUAUACACUCACAGGUCGAGCUUGCAUCAUUAAUGAUAUUACCCAUCCAUCCAUUUUCUUUGCCGCUUGUCCUCAUUAGGGUCAUGGAUGAGCUGGAGCCUAUCCCGGCUGACUUUUGGGCGAGAGGCAGGGUACACCUUGGACUGGUCAACAGUCAGUCACAGGGGACAUAUAGACAAACAACCAUUCACACCUAUGGACAGUUUAGGUGUCCAAACUGUUUCUACCGAGGGCCACAUGCUUAAAAAUGAAAGGAUGCAAGUUUGAAAAAACACACCUCAGCUUUGUACGUGUUAUUAGAAUGAACUUUGGUCUUUGCUCUUAAAGUACAGUCGUCAAUCGCUACAUCGCGGUUCGAACAUGGCGUCCUCACUCUAUCAUGUUUUUUUACAAAGUAAUUAAUAAAUGUUUGCUGUUCCAUGGUUGAAUAUGACCCAUUAGUCAAAAAAUAAAAAUGCAUUUUUCAGCAAAUUGUACUUAUUCUCGGCCUAAAUUAAGCAUUUUCAAACAUAAAAAUGACUAAAUUAAAUAAUCAAAUUCAUUAAAUCCACAUUAAAUGUGAAUAUAGUAAAAUUUGUCUUUUUUGGUGUAGUAUUCUCCAUUGGCCACUAGGUUUGGGUGUUCGGUGAGACAGGCACAAGAUAACAGGCACAAUAAUAAUAACAUAACAAUAUGACAGGCUACUGUUGGGGUCAUAACCAACGAAAAGCUAAAACUCAACUCUGAACUGCCGACGUCCCUUCCUGUCCUCUUCACAUCUGUCCACACACCACUUAAGGUCCGCCAGGGAACACAUUCACUGUGACACACACGAGCAGGAGUUUUAUUGACGUUUUAAAUGGCUUAUUUACUCCUGUUAUGUCUACUAUAUUGGGUUGUAUGAGUAUAAAGCCGCUUAAAGCCGCCAUGGCAAUACAUUGAUGAGACAAUAGCCACCGCAGGAAGUACACUGUCCAGAAAAACAACAAGGAACUGCUAAUGUGUCAGUCUGUCAUGUUAUUUAUGUCUAAUAUGGCUUAUUUUUUCUGAUUAUAUCUACAAUAUUGGGUAAUACAAAUGUAAAGGUGACUAUAUGGGUGUUAUUUCAUGUCUAGAGGGCUCUAAUAAUAUUAAAAAACAUAUUUAGAAGAUUGGAAACAGGUUUUCUAUGCCAUAACUACAAAUCACACUUUGUGGAACUUCACUUAUUGCGGUCGAGUCUGGAACCAAUUUACCGCGAUAAAUGAGGGACUGGACUGAUAAGUUAUGGGAGUGCGUACGUAACCACAAAACGUCGUAACAGGAGGACCGCCUGUAAUAAUUUCUGAACCAAUCAAGUGAAAUUGGAUAAUUCCCCACGACCCAAUUAUGUGCCACGACACAGUGGUUGGGAAUCACUGGCCUAACAUGGAUGCUUUUGGGAUGUGGGAGGAAGCUGGAGUAUAUAUUUUGUAUUGAACCCCAUGACAUGAAGGUGUACCAAAUUUUGUGUCCUUAGAGACGCAAACGAGCACAUUAGGGCGGUAAGUGCACACGUAGAGGGAUGCAGAGAGUGUCUAACUGUGUCUUCACCCUCUGCUUAACGCAGCCCUCCUGUUUCAUUUGGUAAGUGAUCACAUAUAUAAAUGUUUUGCCCAUCCCUUUCUCUCCGCCCUCCCACUUCCUCUCACCUCCACACAUGUAUCCUCACAAUUAACAGUCUUGCAGGCAUGUGGAGUGGCCACCUUCUCUGUCCCCAUCCGUGUCCACUCCUGCGUCAUGUAUGCUGACAGCGUCCACUGUCCAAAGUUUUUUCAGGUCCCUUUAUGUCACAAACACGCAUGCACUGUCUGCACACGCAUGCACCGCCCCCUCAUUGCGGGUCGUUUUCACAACAGCAACAACCCCCUGUCUCUGUCGUUUUCCUUCAACAAGACCAAGAACGUUCUUGGACCUUUGCUGCAGGCCUGAGAGGCUACCAGCUGAAAGUGUGCCCUGGCUUACUCUGCUUUAACUUUUCAUUUGUGUUCAGGUAGAAACUGGGGAGUGCAACCUCUCUACGUUAUCAACUGUGCUCUCUCCUUUCCUUCUAAUCUUCUUUCUAUUCUUCUGUUGUUGUUUUUUCCCUCUCGCUGGCGUUCCCCUGGCAGAGCGGCGCUGACCUGGAGUGUCACUGGUAGACGUUCAGAACAACUUCCUGAUCUGCCGGGUGGAUUUAAAACCGAAAAGGUCUAGGAUCACAAGUGUUGGUUUCUUUACAUUUUCCCCCACGCUGAAAGGCCAGUUGAAGUAGUCCUGAUGGGGAAAACAUGGGAGUAAGUGUACGUGUCUCUCUUUUUUUUUUUUUUUUUUUUUUUUUUUUUUUGGACUGCUCCCUUUCCCCACUUCUUGAGAUUUCUUGAAGAACCUCACAUCACCUGUCCACCAUUUCCAAAGCAUCCUCUCCUGGACCGCUACUAAAAGGGGAUUAAGGAGUGAACUUUAAGCAGUAUUUAUCUGAAAACUACCUUAUGACAUGAAUAGCCAUGAAGUCCAAAGACCCGCUGGCUCAAAGAAUCAGUCACAUGCCCGAACACAAGAGGGCGCUCAGUGGAGUUCGGCUGGUUCAAAGUGAUGUCAAGCCGGUGCGGAUCCUUUUGCACAUGCUUCCUCCUCAACUCACCACUUCAUCAGUAUUCACACGACCCAACACAUGUGGUUGUCAUGUACAAUAAUAUCCUUUACAAUUUCUAAUAAUAAUAACACAGAGGUGUGUAUUUUGAGUUAGAUGACAGCCACGUGGCCUGACACAUUAUGUGCGUAUGUGAUUUGUCUGUGGGCAUACAUGGUACUCACACAAACAGUAUUCCCACAUGAUAACGUUCCAAAGACUCAACACACAGUCCUGCUUGUGCUGCCAAUUCCUUUUGUGAUUUGUAAAAUCAAUAAAUAAUGCCAAAACGUCAAUUUCAACUCUUGAAAUGUUUGCUUUCUUUGUAUUCCAAAGCUUAAGCUUAUAUUAUUUUGUGGUUGUACACUUUUUUUGUGUCAUACAAACUUAUCUGAGGUACCUCGUGACAUUUUGACACUAUCAUGCGUUUCCGCUGAGGCCUUGUCCUUAUCGAAAUCUUGUACAUUGGAAUUGAUACUAAAAGUUGAGCGAUAUUGUGCUAAACCUCGUUAUAAAAAAUGCUGCGUUGAAACUAGCUCUUUCAAGUACAGUCAAACCUCGGCUUUCUUACGCCCCAGUUUUAGUAUUUUUUGAUAUUCGUAUAAAACGUUUGCCUCUGGUUUUGUACAGUAUUUCACAAAACAAACUAGUCCGUUCGCCCUGUACUGUAUAUUGUUCCGCAAAAUUCAGUGUCCAAACAAAGCACCGUACACGUUGCUGACUCGCUCUCCGUGCAUUUUUUUAUUGUGUGGCUGCUAAAUAACCCGCCAUGGGGCCAAAGAAAGUUGCGAGUGCCGGUGCUUUGAUAAAUAAGGUGAGAAACUAUUGAAUUUAAUUUGAUCCGCAUCAACAAUGUUCCAUCAUUUGUCAUUCAUAAUUAUUUGUUUUCUGCAUGCAAAACUAUAUAAAGUAUAUUUCUGGUAAUAUUUUUGGGUUUUCAUCAUGGGGAAAAUAGCUUUGAU